CUAUAAUCACCCCUCCCUCUAUGCUGACACUCUUCAAGCAGUCUACCCACGCGACUCGCUCAUCAGAGCUACAACAGUUUCACGCGCACAAGGCUUUUUCUCACAGACGCGCGUGAAAGAGCAGCAAUGGAAACGCAGAAUUUUAUUCAUAUAAAAAGGUUUUAGAUAAUUCAUGGCGCAAAGUAUAAUUAUUUUUUAGGGACAUAUAUGUAAUAUCUCUAUUAAAAUAGCUUUAUGUUCAUUUAGAAAUAAUAUAGGCUGCUCUUACAAGUUUUCUGGAAUGGAUAUACAGAGACUGAACGAAACUCAGAUCCCGGGUUGGGAAUGCUCAAGAACUCCCGAUAAUUCCAGCAUGAACAUCUCUGCAUUAAGCGUGGAAGUUAACGCCACCUGUAGCAAUGCGUCAAUAAUUCAGAAAUUCAAACCCACACGACCUAAAGAAAUGGACUCAGUGAGGAUUAUUCUUUACUCACUUGUCUUUCUCCUGAGUGUGUUUGGGAACCUUCUGAUCAUUGUGGUCCUGAUUGUAAACAAGAGAAUGCGGACAGUCACCAACUCCUUCCUGCUCUCUCUGGCCGUUAGUGAUCUUAUGAUGGCCAUCUUCUGUAUACCCUUUAAUCUCAUCCCCAGCCUGCUAGAGGACUUCAUAUUUGGAGCUGCGAUGUGCAAGACAGUUGCAUAUUUCAUGGGUAUAUCUGUCAGCAUCUCCACCUUCAGUCUGGUGGCCAUUGCUAUUGAAAGAUACAGUGCCAUUUGUAACCCGCUAAAGUCAAGAGCAUGGCAGACCCGUUCUCAUGCCUAUAAGGUCAUCGCUGCCACAUGGGUCCUCUCUGUAGCUAUUAUGGUGCCCUAUCCUGUGUUCAGUAUAUUGGUGCCAUUUAACAAGACUAACAACAUCACAGCUCACAUGUGCAGACUUGAAUGGCCUAUCAGCCAAGUGGAGCAGACAUGGUACGUCUUGUUGCUGUCCAUUCUGUUCUUCAUCCCUGGAGUGGUGAUGAUAAUUGCUUACGGUCUUAUAUCCAGAGAACUUUACAGAGGGAUUCAAUUUGAGCUGGAGCAGAAAAAAGAUACCAGUGGUGUAAAGAAUGGGUUGAAUGGUGGAUUGUCAUCUUGCCAUGAUGAGAGCGAUGGAUGUUAUAUACAGGUCUCAAAGAAACCUCCCGCUAUGGAACUUUCAACUUUGACCACCUCAGGCCCAGUCAAGACAGACCGUCCACGAAGCAACACCUCAGAGGCCAAACUCAUCGCCAAAAAACGAGUGAUACGAAUGCUGAUCAUUAUAGUUGCCAUGUUCUUUGUAUGCUGGAUGCCUCUAUACUCUGCCAACACCUGGAAGGCUUUCGACCAAAUAUCUGCUCAGCGUGCACUUUCUGGAGCUCCCAUCUCCUUCAUUCAGCUGCUCUCCUAUACCUCAGCCUGCGUUAACCCCAUCAUCUACUGCUUCAUGAACACCCGCUUCCGGAAGGCUCUCUUGGCUACCUUCGGGUGUUGCAGGCGGCCAUGCCACAAUCGGAGGAAGAGGAAGGAAGGUGAUGAUGAGAUCACUGGGGUCACAGGGGUGUCCAUAUCUAAGUUUAGUUAUACAACUGUUAGCACGGUAGGGCCGUGUUAGCGUUGUGGGUGUUUCAAGUUUGAUCCAUGAACCAUGUGCUUGUCAUGUACUGCUUGUUUAGGAGUUCAGAUUCUUCUUUUCAUGGUGUCCACAUUCUUUGUUCAAUGUGUCAGUGUUUAUUUGGAAAAGAAUACCUCAUUUGUUUGUUCUUUCUGCCUAA